AAAUGAUAAGCAGUUUUGACGUUUAGUCUUCGUCAGUGAAACUUAUCGGAUUUUGAGACUUUGUGAGGAUUUCUGUAGCCGCUGCCGUAAUUUUCCGUUUCAAAAAAGCGUUUUCCGUUCUCAUUUCCCAAUAUUACGAUCUCAACUGAUCAAAAACCUCAUUAGAAACACGUUUUACAAGUGAAUAUUAACAUCGAACGCGUAAAACCGUCGUAAUAUGGCGAAGGUGCACAUAACCAACGUCGUCGUUCUGGACAACCCGAGUCCGUUUCUCAACCCGUUCCAAUUCGAGCUAACCUUCGAAUGCAUAGAAGAACUCAAAGAAGACCUCGAAUGGAGGAUGAUAUACGUCGGCUCAGCGGAAACAGAAGAGCACGACCAGGUUUUAGACACAAUUUACGUCGGUCCAAUCCCUGAGGGUAGACACAUGUUCGUCUUCCAAGCGCCGCCGCCUGACGUGAACCGUAUACCUGAAAAUGACGCUCUAGGCGUCACUGUCGUCUUGCUAACCUGUUCCUACCGCGGCCAGGAGUUCGUCCGAGUGGGUUAUUUCAUAAAUAACGAGUACAGUGAGACUGAGCCAGAGUUGAGAGAGAAUCCUCCAGCGAAGCCACAGUUUGACAAGGUGGUGAGGAAUAUUCUGGCGUCGGAGCCGCGUGUGACGAGGUUCAAGAUUAACUGGGCGGAGCCUGACGCGGCCGCGGCCGCUGACUCGGGCGAUGGAAACAUAGAAAGAGAAAUAGUGCCAAACAAUGACUCAUGCGGGGCAUCCUUCAAUGCGGACAGUCAGAUCAGCGGCAUGGAGUUCCAGGGCAGCUUCAGCGGCUAUGGAGACAACUCCAACUCCAUUGCUCCCAUGGAAUGCUGAGAGCAGCAACAGAAGUAUUUAGUGUGCUGAAACAUGACUGAAGAUAAAUGUUGAAGACAAAACUCGAUAUGAGUGGUGACUAACAGACAAAGUGCUAUUGAAUAUGUUGUGAAAAUUUUGUAUAUAUACAUUUGUAGGUUUGUACUUUAAGUUUGGCUGUACCAUGCUGUAAAAUGAUAAGUUUUAGUUAAGAUGUUGAAUGGCUACAAUAGUUGUACUGUAAUUGGCUGAUUUUUUAAGGUUUUAAGUUGUUAGAAUUUUAGCCAAAACCUAGACUGACUAAUCUGACACUAAAAUGGAGCCCAGUACAAAUAUCAUAGCCAUUUAUUUGUAAACAUUAAGUAAGGACGAUUUUACAUAACAAAGAUUGAUUAUUUUUACAAAUUGCAUGUAUAAAUUUUGUGUAAACUUGAAGACAAUAAGUAAUUAAAACAAGUCAAAUGAAGUGUACAGUGAAAUAUAGUACCUAGGUAUGGGAUGGGUAUGUCAUCAAUCAUACCUUAGGGUGCUUACAUAGAGAGACUGGGUUCCCUGUAUCUACCCGUACCGGUAACCUGCUGUUUAUCUUUCUGCGAGUGCGCUAGAGCAUUUCCCGGUUUUAAAUCUCUCAGUUCGCAUACCUAAUCAAGUUCUUUAUGUAACCAUCCUAUGACAUAAUAAUGUCCCUGUACACUUCAAGUAAGAGUUGUAUCUGAUCCGAGUGAUCUCAUUAUGUUGGUUUCUUGACAGAUGUGGUGUUAAAAAAGCAUGGAUGAUAUUCUCUUCGAUUCUUGAUUUUUUAAUGGGUGGGUUUCGUGUUAGAUAACAAAUUAAGUGUGUAAACUCAUUAAGUUUUCUGUAUUUAUAAGACUAAAUUAAUGUGUAUUAUUGUGUAUAAGUUUAACAUGUUUUUUUCAUAGGGUUGUAAACUAAGUAACAGAAUGUUCUCCAUGCCUUUUUUUACCCUUUUUCAUUAUUUGAUUUAGUUAAUUUAUUACAUACUUGCUGGUCUGGAUACCAUAUCAUGAAUUAGACAAAUUUGAUUGUAACAUUAAGUAAAAUAAUAUUAAAAUUUUAACAGAACAUGU